AUGUCGGCCGGUGAGGGAAGGAAGACGGCAUGCGUCACCGGAGGGAGCGGUUACAUCGCCUCAGCGCUCAUCAAGCUGCUGCUCCAGAAAGGCUACGCUGUCAAGACGACGGUCAGAGACCCCGAUGACAUGGAGAAGAACUCCCACCUCAAGGACUUGCAAGCGCUUGGCCCCCUGGAGAUCAUUCGUGCCCAACUGGAGGUGGAAGGCAGCUUCGACGAAGCAGUUUCUGGCUGCGAAUACGCCUUCCUCGCCGCUGCUCCAAUGAACUUCAGGUCAGAAGAUCCUGAGCGAGAUCUGAUCGAACCCGCAGUCCAAGGAACACUCAACGUGAUGAGGUCGUGUGUGAGAGCGGGGACGGUGAAGCGGGUGAUCCUAACGUCGUCGGACGCCGGCGUGUCCAGGAGGCCUCUGCAGGGUGGCGGACACGUGUUGGAUGAGGGCUCCUGGUCCGACGUCGAUUACCUCAGAGCCAACAAGCCACCAACUUGGGCGUACGCGGUCUCCAAGGUGCUUCUAGAGAAGGCGGCGAGUGAAUUCGCAGAGGAGAACGGCAUCAGCCUUGUCACCGUGUUGCCGGUGUUCACCGUGGGCACGGCGCCUGUAUCUAACGCCAGAACCAGUGUCCCCGUUAUCCUCUCCUUGUUGUCUGGAGACGAGGCAAAGCUGCACGGCCUGAUGGUCCUGCAGUCAGUCAAGGACUGCGUGGGGAUUAGCCACGUCGACGACCUCUGUCGCGCCGAGGUGUUUGUCGCUGAGAAUGAGUUCUCGUCCGGUAGGUACAUCUGCUGCAAUCACAACACUACUGUCUUGCAGCUCGCCCGUCUCCUGGCAGAGAAGUACCCACAAUACGACGUGAAACCUGAACGCUUUGAUGGAUCCUGCGAGAAGCCAAGAGUGCGUGUGUCGUCGAAGAAACUCAUCGGGGAAGGGUUCGUGUACAAGUAUGAUGAUCUGGGUGAAAUCUUCGACGACCUCGUCGAGUACGGCAGAGCCACAGGGAUUUUGCCCUACUGA